AAGUCAACACCGAUGUUCUAUUCUCUUCUCUCUUUCACUCUCUCCGUGUCUCUACAAUGGCUGAAGAAGAACCUGCUCCACAUCCUCGUCCCACUUUUUUGGAGGUUAAAUGCAAAAGUUCUGGCAAGACAAGGCGCUUUGCCGUUGGUACAGACGCGGGAUUUGCUUUAUCACUAAUAAAUCGGAGAUUGGAAACGGGCAAACCCCUUGCUUUGCAUAUCGAAGCUCUCAAAGAAGGAGAGGAACCCAUUGCUUUUGGGCCCAAUUCCGCUCUCGUCGACUACGGCCGUGGCUGGAAGCUGCAGACCGUCAUCGAGCUCGAUUUUGAUUACGCUGGGGUUCCAAAAGGGGAAGGGGUCCGGCCGGUGACGACCAGAUUUUCUACAGUACCGAGCACUGGUGGCUCACGUCCUGCUAAGGGUGAGGAUUCAAAACCAGAAAUCAGUUUUGUGUACAUUGGAAGAAUAAUAUUAGCUUUCAUUUUGAUUUUUGUGCUUGGUGCAAUAUUCACACUGGCUCUUGAGAGUCUUCCCAGAUUGAUAUUGUAUAUUAAGUCAGCCAUGUAAUAUCUAUUGUUAAUAUGGAACAGAUAUUUUGGUUUUGUA